UUACCUACAGCUUGCUGAGUUCUUGUACAGUCUUCAACGUUGAUGUACUGGGAUCUGAGCUAAACAUGGCAGAUUUUUUGAAGGGCCUUCCGGUCUACAACGAGAGUAAUUUCAGCAGAUUCCAUGCUGAUUCGGUCUGCAAAGCAUCGAACAGGAGGCCGUCUGUGUACCUCCCCACUCGUGAAUAUCCUUCUGAGCAGAUCAUUGUUACAGAAAAAACCAACAUUCUUCUGCGUUACCUCCAUCAGCAGUGGGACAAAAAGAAUGCAGCCAAGAAAAGGGAACAGGAGCAAGGAGAAGGAGGGAGCCCAGCACCACCUCGCAAGAUCGCCAGAACAGACAGCCAGGAAAUGAGCGAGGACACCUAAACGUGUUGUGGCCUUCUGCACACACAAGCAAUCCACUUAUUUCCUCUCGAAACAACACACAGGAUCCAGCAGAGAGAUGAGCACAACAUGUCCACAGUCACAUACACGUUUACCUGUUUACACAUUGCAGUGAGAAAGAUGCAUGCCUAAAGGCAAGUCAGUUCCAGUAGACUUGUGAAAGGAGUUGUUACUUAGAAUAGCACUGUUUUAUGCUGAUGUUUACUCUUAAAAAUGAGCUUCCUGCCAUGAUUACAAUGCUGUUUCCUGCUGUACUGCCCUCUCCUGGCUGUAAGGGGCACUACAAUGCAUCCCUCCAGGCUCUUUCUCUGUUGGAUCUGAGGUCAAACUCUUUCUGAACUAUGACAACAGGAGAGAAAUUCUGGAGCACUUCUGCCAGUGUGCUGAUGUUCAACAUGUUCUUCUUUUGUUUUGUUUGGAAAACUUUUGCUGCCUGUAGCAGUAAAGCAAGGUAUAUUUUAAAUGCAUAUUUUUCAUCUGUGGCUUAUUGAUGCAGCUGGCCAUUGGGGGAGAGAGAGAACAAUGUGGCUACCUUACAGCUCACUUGGCUUGUGGUUGUGAAGGGAAAACUUUUCCUAAGGAAGUGGUAUCAAAUUGUAACAAGUCAUCCAGGUUUCCAUAUUUUUGGCUGAAACCUGGCAAUUCUCUGUUCCAGAGCACAUUGUCAGGUGUAAGAUUAAAAAAGCACCUUGAUAAAAUCAGUCUGACCAUUUGCAGUAGUGUAAAUAUUUAACAUUGUACUUUCUAGCUGGAGUGUGUUUUUCCCUCCUUUGUGUUCAUAAUGUAUUAUACAUAAACCUCAUCUCUGAGAAUGGUAAAUUAUUCAGAUGAAGUUGAUAGAGUAGAUGGAGAUAUUUUAGAAAAUUUUUGUCAACUCUUGAAGAUUUAACCUAAUUAUAGCAUUUGUGCAAAGCUUUCUUACUAAAGCAGGAUUCUGCCUUGUGAGAGUGGUAUUUAGUUUUUACAAAGCAUCUGUGUUUGUGCUGAAGACAGUUGCUUUGUACAGACUCUUGUUCCUUGUAAUAACAUGGCACUCAUGCUAUGUAUACAUAUCAGAAUAUAGCUCCAGAAUAACCUUUACCUUCUGCUCAAUUGUGGUGGGUCCUUACUGAAAGCUGAGGUGACAGCCCCAAAAGAUCUACUGUUUCCUUAAUUUGCAUGUCAAUGUUGUGUCUGCUUUGAAUGCUGUAUGUAUAAUCACCACGGUAAACAGUGGAAAGCUUCUGUCACUCUGCUGAGUGUAAAAGGGUGAGUGCAGGGAGUGGAUAGUGUAGUCAAGGUGAUGCUGACUUGCACUGUCUCAAGUUUAACUGACAAACAGGUCAUUUCUUUUCUUUAGUGGCAUCAUUUUGCUGAGAACGCAUUUCCUUUCUCUUUUACUGGCUCAGCCUUUAAGCCUUGUUUUGACUGCCAUAGACUGGCCUUUGAUCUUUUCCCCUCAUGUUAUGAUAUUUGUUUUAGGUCAAAAUUUCAAUAAAAAUGCAGCUGGGGCAAAACUGAUUGCCAUCAAAUUUGUCUGCAUAGAGAGGGAUAUAGCUGUAUGUUUAGUAAAACAAUCGCUGUUUUAGGUAGGUAGAGGCAAGAUUUGAAUUUUGUGAACACUUAGCAUUGCUCAUUACUUGGUAUGUUUCAGUAUCAGAGGUAAUACUUUGCUUUCAGAGUGUUGGAACAUUUUGUGUAAGCUACUAGUUUUCAGUCUCAUAAGACUCUUGAACAGUUGACUGCUCAUCAGUUCGUUACCACAGUAGUGCAAUAUAUAGUACUUCUGAUAUUGAGUUACUGGCACAUUAAUAGAUUAGCUGAAUAUUAUUACAGCAGCUGUAUAGAUAUGGAGUUUGCACAUGCAUAAGAUCCCAGUGGUACUGAUUGACAGGCCUGUUCAACCCAGUCUGCUGCUGUCAAAAUAGUCUCAUUGUCUAUAUAUAUAAAGAGUUGUAAGUAUUGUUGUGGUUUUUGUCACAUUUAUGUGCUUUAUGUUUCUGGCACAUAGAAAAGCACAUCUCCAUUUGCAAAAUGCAUGUAGUAUUGGAUUUCUUGGGGACUGGUUAAAAUAGCAUAGAUAUGCGCUCUGAAAAGUCCUUUUAUAGAGUGCAAUAAUUUUGAAAAAUCGGUGUGUUCUUCCAAGACACUGUGACAACUGAUACACAUUUGGAUGAGCUCCCUCUUGGGAAAAAUUUGUCACUGUGUAGUAUGGGCAGGGGAGCUGGAGGCAUUGGCUUUACCAGGGCUUUUGUUUUAUGCAUUUUACCCAUUUAUUUUGUUUUUAUUUUUUGUUUUACUGUGUUUUUACUGGAGCAGUUAAUGGUAAGUACCUUAAUCUACUACAGCAUUUUUUUGGUAUUGGACUUUGAACUGGUAGUCCUCAGGUCCAUUUUGUUUACUGAUACUCUCCCUGCUGUCCAAACACAAAAGUGUUUGUAAAGUAGUAUUCAGGCUGUGUGUUACAAAGCAGACUCAUGCACCUCAAUGUUACUCUAUAGUUUUAGUGUCAGUGUUAGUGCCGUUUCCAAAAAACACGGGGGUUUUGUCCCUGACCACAGUUCCCCGAUGCACCACAAUGCCCUAAUGCUGAGUUGGCUCCCUCGCAGUCUCUGGUGUGAAAGCAGUGUGCUGUGCUUGGCAUGUAUG